CGUUCCGUUCGCUCGUACCGUUCGCUUCGCAGCGGCGGAAACUCCGUACUUUCGAAAGCUGGUAUCUCAAAGAUACGUCUCGAGACCCCGAAGACGAGAACUCGCAUAUUCGCCCGAGAAAACUCUCAAUAAAUGCUUAUUAAACCGAAUAAUAAUUAAACAUAUUUUUUUUUGGUGCAAAACGUAAGCCAAAAAAUUUCAUUUUGGUGUGGAUUACCAGUGGAAAAGUGUGUGCUUAAAAUGGAAUAAACAAGGCUAUCAUAAAAAAAAACAAAGCCCUAAAAAACCAAACAAGCUGAAUAUUAUCACCUAACGAUUAUGGAUUAGUGCCAGUGGCAGAGUCAGUUAAAAACAUAAGCAUAUAAUAGGACUAAGGAGACAAACAAUCUCAAGGCCCAAAGGCAAGGAAUAGAAAGGAGGAAAACAAGAAAAGUGGGAAAGUGACACUCAAGACUUCAGUUCUCCCGUUAAAAAGGUGUUGAAGCACCAUGUUGCACACGAUGCAGCUGCUCCUGCUGGCCACCAUUGUGAGCAUGGUCAGGAGCUCGCCGUACACGAGCUACCAGAACCAGCGGUUCGCCAUGGAGCCGCAGGAUCAGACGGCUGUGGUUGGGGCCAGGGUCACGCUGCCCUGCCGGGUGAUCAACAAACAGGGCACACUCCAGUGGACCAAGGACGACUUUGGACUGGGCACGUCCCGGGAUCUGAGUGGUUUCGAGCGGUACGCGAUGGUGGGCAGUGACGAGGAGGGCGACUACUCCCUGGACAUUUACCCAGUGAUGCUGGACGACGAUGCUCGCUACCAGUGCCAAGUGAGUCCCGGCCCCGAGGGCCAGCCAGCCAUUAGGUCCACAUUCGCCGGAUUGACGGUGCUCGUCCCGCCCGAGGCGCCCAAAAUCACCCAGGGCGACGUCAUGUAUGCCACCGAGGAUCGCAAGGUGGAAAUCGAAUGCGUUUCAGUUGGCGGAAAGCCGGCUGCUGAGAUUACCUGGAUUGAUGGCCUGGGAAAUGUCCUUACGGAUAACAUUGAGUACACGGUGAUACCGCUGCCUGAUCAGCGACGCUUUACGGCCAAGUCCGUCCUGCGACUGACCCCCAAAAAGGAGCACCACAACACGAACUUCAGCUGCCAGGCGCAGAACACGGCGGACCGCACCUAUCGCUCGGCGAAAAUACGUGUCGAGGUGAAAUAUGCUCCCAAGGUGAAGGUUUAUGUGAUGGGCUCGCUUCCCGCCGGUGCAGGGGGUUCGGUUGGUGGUGCAGCAGGCAGUGUCCAUAUGGGCACCGGUUCCCGGAUUGUGGAGCACUCGCAGGUUCGUCUGGAGUGCCGGGCAGAUGCGAAUCCCAGCGAUGUCCGUUACCGCUGGUUCAUCAACGACGAACCGAUCAUCGGCGGCCAGAAGACAGAGAUGGUGAUACGCAAUGUGACUCGCAAGUUCCACGAUGCAAUUGUCAAGUGCGAAGUACAGAAUUCCGUGGGCAAGAGUGAGGACAGCGAAACCCUCGACAUAAGCUAUGCUCCCAGUUUCCGGCAGCGACCACAGUCGAUGGAGGCGGACGUGGGCAGCGUGGUGUCCCUAACUUGCGAGGUGGACAGCAAUCCCCAGCCGGAGAUCGUCUGGAUCCAGCAUCCCAGCGACCGGGUGGUGGGCACCAGCACGAAUCUCACGUUCAGUGUCAGCAAUGAGACGGCUGGAAGGUAUUACUGCAAGGCCAAUGUACCCGGAUACGCCGAGAUUUCGGCAGAUGCCUAUGUCUAUUUGAAGGGCUCGCCGGCGAUCGGAUCCCAGAGGACACAGUACGGUCUGGUGGGGGAUACGGCCCGGAUCGAGUGCUUCGCCAGCAGUGUUCCUCGUGCCCGUCACGUCUCGUGGACAUUCAACGGCCAGGAGAUCAGCUCGGAAUCGGGACACGACUAUUCGAUCCUGGUGGAUGCCGUGCCGGGGGGCGUAAAGAGCACUCUUAUCAUUAGGGACAGCCAGGCCUAUCACUACGGAAAGUACAACUGCACGGUGGUAAACGAUUACGGCAACGACGUGGCCGAGAUUCAGCUGCAAGCCAAGAAGAGCGUUUCCCUGCUGAUGACAAUCGUGGGCGGCAUUUCGGUGGUGGCCUUCUUGCUGGUGCUGACCAUUCUGGUGGUGGUCUACAUCAAGUGCAAGAAGCGCACCAAGCUGCCGCCAGCGGACGUGAUAAGCGAGCACCAGAUCACAAAGAACGGCGGCGUUAGCUGCAAACUGGAGCCAGGCGACCGCACCUCUAACUACAGCGAUCUGAAGGUGGACAUUUCGGGCGGCUAUGUGCCCUACGGCGACUACAGCACGCACUACAGUCCGCCCCCGCAAUACCUGACCACCUGUUCGACGAAGUCCAAUGGCAGCUCGACCAUUCUGCAGAACAACCACCAGAAUCAAUUGCAACUGCAGCAGCAGCAGCAACAGAGCCACCACCAGCAUCACCCACAGACCACCACCCUGCCAAUGACCUUCCUGACCAACAGCAGCGGCGGCAGCUUGACCGGCAGUAUUAUUGGAUCCCGUGAAAUCCGCCAAGACAACGGGCUGCCCAGUCUGCAGUCGACCACCGCCUCGGUGGUUAGCUCAUCGCCAAAUGGCAGCUGCAGCAACCAGAGCACCACCGCAGCCACCACCGCCACCACCCACGUGGUGGUGCCCAGUUCGAUGGCCCUGAGCGUAGAUCCCCGUUACAGCGCCAUCUACGGCAAUCCCUAUCUCAGGUCCUCGAACUCAUCGCUGCUGCCGCCACCCACUGCCGUUUAGGGUGGACCAGCACUGUCCACCACCACCACCACCACUGCCAACAAUAUCGAUGACCCACUGAGCCACGCUAAGACUGAUCUCACAAGGAACCGAGGCCCCGGCGGCUGCUUUAGGGGGCCAUCACUGUUGGUGGUGCGUUUUUUCAGCUACCAAAAAUUCGAAUUGCUUAGGUUUAGACACUUAGCUCACAUACAUCCGAUUAUAUAGACAAAAUCGUAAGCUGAUUUUUCAUUUCUAUAGUCCUUAGGUCUAGGGUACUUUAUGUUUUUUUUGUCGUUUUUGUGUUCUUAGCUUAAGGAUCUUACAGUAGGCUAAUCCACAGUUUGAACUAGAGAGAGACUAAGCUUCAAAGAAUGAGUGUUAAGCAUUUACAAAACGAAAAGAAAAAACAAAUCUUAGGAAGAUUAGAAAGUUUUACUGCUUGUUGAGAAAACGCCUUAAUGAAAUAGUUAACUGAUGGGGAAUUUAGCCUCCAGUUAAAAAAAAAAAAUGGUUUUCUUGGAGGCGGAAAUAUGCGAGAGCGGUUUUGAACAUGUUCUCAGAUUUCAAGCACUGUUGCAAAUAUUAUUUUCCAUUUAAAUAUUAUUUCCCUUAACCCAUUGUACUUUUUUAUGUGUCUCUUAUACUCAAAACAUUAUUUACUUUUAUUUUUAAAAUAUUUGAACAACAAAUUUCAGAACUAUAUUUUACCGCGCACCUCCACCUAAGAUUUUCAAAUCCCAAGAAUAUUCCUUCGUCAGAAACAGCUGCCCCUAUAUAAUCCGCAAAAAAAUAUAGAAAAGUAAACGAAAGAAUUCAAUUUUAUGUAUACACAGAUACAGAUAUAGUAUAUGCUAAAUGUUAAUGAAAUAUAUACAAGCAUGAAGACAUUCAGUUGAAUGGAUAGCGAGUAAGAAACGAAAUGCCAAAGUACCUGAUAGUAUUUAAGUAGGGGGUGGAUCGGCCUUUGGAUCGGUGCCGCCCCCAUCAACUUCUUCUGAAUUAUGUAGCAUUAUCUUUUCGCGCCGGAACUCUAAGCUAUGACUUGGAAUUCAAUAGUGCGUUUUACGGUUAAAUAAAUAUAGAAGCUAGAUCUUGACAGUCGCCUUAACUUAUGACACGCCCAUACAUCUCAAAUCGCCCAUGCCCAUGCAAAUGUAGGAAACAAAACAAAAUGAGAGCGUAAACGUAUUCAAUUCGUCAGUUCAAUUGUGCUAAGUGUACUUCUAAGUGUAUAACGGUCUAAUUAUCCUAGUUGUAGCCUAACUAAUGAUAGACACGCAUAUUUAAAGUACGAGUAUAGACCUAGCCCUAGAUAUACAUCCAUGCAUUUUUUUUCAUAGGCCUAAGCAUUAUAUUUUGAUAAGCCAGCGUAUUUCGUCUAAGGAUCCACGGAAAAGUAAACAUUACUAUUUCUUUUUGCUAUAUUUAUUAGCUGUGGGUAUUUUAUUAGUGUCGCCAAUUAAACGCGAAACGAACAAAUGUUUUUUGUUUACAUACAAAAUGCAUAUGAUAAAAGCAAAUAAGCAGCAUGAAACACACACACACAAAGUUAAACACGAAAGCAAAACAAAAAAACUGAAUAAAAAUGUAUUGAUAAAAAGAAAGCCGAGGAAAGCGAAUUGAGAGUUGGACAUCAAAGACGAAAGACAAAUAUACGGUUGGGGGAGGGGGGCAAAAAACAUUUUUAAUUUGCCCAGGUCGGAAGGACCAACUGUCAGCUAGCUGCAAAAAGCCAAAAAUCAAACAAACAAAAGUGAAAUGAAAAUGUUCCACCACUGGCACCGCUGGCACCACUUGCACCACCACUGCCAGUCAUGUGUGUUAAUUUAUGGCAAGUCGCCUCGCCGUUCUCGGAGUUUCUGCACUGCAGAAAAUGGUGGGUAUAUUUUCGCAUUUAAGAAUGGUUUGUCUUUCGAGAAUAAGCAAGUGGUGAAAAUAAAAACUUUUACAUAAAA